AUGGAUAGGGACACGGCUGGUCAAAGUACACAACACAAUGAAACAAACGCUGUUGAGAAAGAUGAGAAAUCUUCCGGCGAGGAUGAUUAUGAAACGAAUGCUUAUGCAACCGAACAAGUUGGCAGACAAACUACUCCUGGUUCAAAGACUGCUCUGAAACGUCGCUUAGGCUCUCGUCACAUGCAAAUGAUCGCAUUUGGUGGAAGUAUCGGAACAGGUUUAUUCAUCGGAUCUGGAGGAGUUCUAUCAUCGGGUGGCCCAGGAUUCCUGAUGAUUGAUUUCAUCUUGGUCGGUAUCAUGCUGUAUUGUGUUGUUAUGUCUUUGGGUGAAAUGGCUGCCGUCUUACCCGUUUCUGGUUCUUUCGCUUCAUACUCUUCUCGUUUCAUUGACCCUGCUUGGGGUUUUGCAAUGGGAUACAACUACUGGAUGCAAUGGUUUGUUGUUUUGCCCUUGGAACUGGUCGCCGCUUCAAUUGUUCUAGAUUUCUGGCCAGGAUCACAUGAUGUGACGAAAGGAGUAUACAUUCUCAUAUUCAUACUGGCGAUUACUUUUAUCAACCUUUUUGGUGUUCGCGGUUAUGGUGAAUGGGAAUUCUUUGCAUCAAUGAUCAAGAUUAUCACCGUAAUUGGAUUCAUCAUUCUUGCAAUCGUUAUCGACUGUGGCUGUGCACCAAAUGGCAAAUAUUUGGGCGCAACCACAUGGCAUAACCCUGGAGCAUUCAACAAUGGUUUCAAAGGAUUUAGCUCAGUUUUUGUGACAGCCAGUUUUGCAUUUGCUGGCACCGAACUUAUCGGUCUUGCCGCAGCCGAGACUGCAAAUCCACGCAAAGAGAUCCCCAAGGCCGCUAAACAAAUCAUCUGGCGUAUCUUGAUCUUCUAUAUCCUUUCCUUAUUCUUGAUCACUUUAAUCGUUCCUUACACCGAUCCUCGUCUUGAAGGUACAAGUUCUUAUGAUGCACGAGCGUCGCCAUUCGUCAUUGCCAUCGAGAUAGGCAAAAUAAAGGUCUUACCGAGCAUCAUGAACGCCGUAAUCUUGAUCAGUGUCCUUUCGGUCGGCAACAGUUCAGUUUUCGGGGCUAGUCGCACGUUGUGUUCCCUCGCUCAAGCAGGUCAAGCUCCCAGAAUCUUCGCAUAUAUUGAUCGUCAAGGUCGUCCUCUGCCAGCCGUGAUCUUGUCCUUGUGCAUGGGAUGUUUGGCUUUCGUUAUUUAUGCUGCUGAAUCUUCAGUUGUCUUCAACUGGCUGUUGGCCUUGUCUGGUUUAUCAACAAUCUUCUCUUGGGGUUCAAUUUGUGCUUGUCACAUUCAAUUUAGACGAGCAUGGAAGUAUAAUGGACAUUCAGUGGAUGAGUUACCGUGGAAAUCGCCCGUUGGAGUAGUAGGUGCUAUCUUUGGUGUUGCUUUCAAUAUUCUGGUCAUUAUUCUCCAAUUCUACAUUGCUGCUUUCCCUAUCGGUGCAGGAUCUGUAGAAGAACAAUUGGCAACUCCGAGUCAACGUGUAAACGCUUUCUUCUUGGCCUUCUUGGCUGCACCUGUUGUCUUGGUCUUUUUCAUCUUUUGGAAGGUUUUCAAGAGAACAUCUUUUGUCCGUUUGGAUGAGAUCGAUAUCACCACCGGACGCAUGCAGGCAGUACCACUGGAAGUUCUCCGUCGUGAACGUGAAGAAGCACGUCAACAACCAAUCUUCAAGAAAAUUUUCAAUGCAAUAAUCUAA